CUUAUAAUUGAUCUCUCUUUUAUCUGUCGAUAAUGAAGGCACGGGCUCUUCUUCCCUUGUGUUGCCGGAGCUGGACAUCAUUGGCAUCACCACCAUGCCGGAGAAGACAGCACCGUGUAGGCGGCGAGGUGGUUGUGAGAGCAAGCGGAGGAAGAGAGCAUCACCGGUGGGGAAGGCUGGUGGAUGAGAACAUGAUCGUCCUGAGACUGCGAAUAAGAGAGAUGAAAAUGAUGGAGAAAAACAACGACGAGGAAGAAGAAGAAGAAGAAGAAGAAGAAGGAAUGAUGGAGUGGGAGAGAAAGUAUUACGUGGGUGAAUAUGGGGAGCAUGUUUGUGUGGUCGUAGGAUUGUUGCAGGGUUAUUUAAUGAGUGUGAGCCUUGUUUUGCUAUGGUUUUGAUGCUUCUUGUUACUUUGAGUGUGUUCAUAUCUUCUGGGGUGCUUCUCUUUAACUCUAUCAAGACGGUGAACGCCUUCUUCUUAUUUCUCGUGUGUCUGGUGUUGAAGUUACGAGCUUUCAUUACUCUCUAGGUUUUCAUCAUGUAAUCAGUGAAAGGG